AUGGCAAGCACGAACCCGGAGAUCCAUCUUUGGCAGCAAAGCCUCAAAGAUAGAAGCCAGUACGAAGAAUCCUUCAAGCAGAUUUUUGAGUCGAAAGAGCCGCGGUGCGAAGGUUGUGAACUACUGGUCAGCUACGAUGACGAGAAAGCAACGCAGUUGGCGGCGUCCUUGGAUAGGUUGUGGGUUUACGACAGAGUCGCUGAUGAUCCUAAUAUCACGUCGGAAACUUCUCGAGACAUUGGAGUAAUGACGGAAGAUUCGCCACAGGAUUUGCGAUGGUAUGUAUGGGCUGGGAGAAGAAGAGCCCUGUCGAAAAACGAUGUCAGUGACGGAGAUGUUGAAGCGCCUACGGUUUGGAGAGGUUACAACGUCAAGGACUUUACAGUGGAAAACCCAUCGUCUGAUCGGAUCUGCCUCAUGCACGGCAUUAAAUGGACAGACCUCAUGCUUACGGCUGUGGAAUUUGGCCCAGCGAUCAAAAGAGUCAUAACUCAGAUGCAGUCGAGUUCCACCGAGCUGACACCACGCCUACGACGGCCAGCAAAGAGCAUAGACAAAGGGGUGGCGACGCCACACACAAUAGCUGCUUGGCGUGAGUUCACAGGGGAGGAGGUAGGAAUGCGAGACCUGGUGUUGGGCCACUGGCACACCUGGUACAUACUCUCGAUACUCUCUAGUACCGAGAGUGGCGGUCUCCUUGCAGCCAGCGCCGCAGAGUGCCUCACCACAUAUACAGACUAUGUUGAUGUCACAGAUGGCGGCGACGUGGGCUUGGCGGGUGACCAUAUGAAGUUGGCGUUUGAUGGCAUGACCUCGCCGUUUAUAGCGAACUGUCCUGGCGCACGCGCAGCAAUCUGGACCGCAGCAAGUGUCAUACGUUAUAGGGCCUUGUUGGCCCGUGACUUGGUUCCAUGGCGUGCGUCUAUUCACGACAAGGGUCCGCCGAAUACACGAGCGGCCUUGGUAGCCGCACUGCCGGAUCCUCUGGAACUCACGAACCUGCGAAUGCUCGACGGGUCGAUGCUUGCCUCUUACUUGGCAACAGUGGCUGGCACUCUGCCCGACCAGCGCCCAAGCAUGCACGGCGCGACAAUGUCUGGGCAUACAAGCUGUGUGCUGGUUAGACGGGCGACCUCGAACCUGUACAAGUACAAUGAUAUUACAGACUUGCAGUCGGACAUAACCAUGCACGAGGCCAUGAACCCGCUCGCCUUUGCCACAGUCGUCAACGGAGGCCAAGUCGGCAUACAAUAUCUCUCGGCAAUCAGUCGCGACGCUGAUCUUGUGUUGUCCUGCGGGUGCGAUUCAGAUAUGCACCAAUGGGCACAUGACAUGGCCAUGGGCUCCAACGUGUGGUAUGCUCUUUGCCCGCGGUACAAUGCGCUGCAACAAGUUGGUCUCUACCAUGAAGAGUGCCCAGAUACACUCUUUGACGGGCUACCAAUGAUAGUCACCACCGCCAGCAUGGGCAACACGGCAAGCGCUGCCUCGAAUGAUCAGGCAACUUUUGACAGGGACUGGAACUUGGACAAGAAUCCGACAACGCUCGCCUCAGAGUUUGGUAUAAGCCAGGACGGGCAUGAUGCUGAAGUCGCCAUUCGCGUGGUUGCUCGGAUUUUGCCCAUGCACGACAUGAAGGCCGUGCAUGCGGAAUGCCUUGCCCGAAUCAAGGCCAAUCCGCAAUGGUCGCGAGAUGAAGGACCUGCGCAGACGGGAGGACUCUUGGUGCAGCUCAUCAGUGACCUCGCACUUUGUUAUGAGAUCAUGGACCAUGACGAGCUUGACGAGCUAACGGGCUACCUGAAUGAGUACAUUGAGCUUACGGUCAUCUCAUGCGAAGAACAGAAGGAUGGCCAGGUCCCUACGUACCUCACUGAUGAGUUUUACAUGCGCCAAUCCAGGCUCUACAUCAACUUUUAUGACUUUAUGUCGAAGAAGCAUGCUUUACAGGACAAAGGGUUGCACUGCAGGCGAUUCGCAGUAGGCGCCAUGUCGCUCUUCUUUGACAGUUGGAAGUAUGGCUCUUAUGUGGCUAUAGCUCGAUAUGCAGGGCUCUAA